AGUAACACGUUUCCGGUGCCUAGCUGCGAUGCCACACGAAGGAAUCAUGACGGAUGGGAUACUGCCAGAUUGCCCAAGCCUAGAAAGGGGAAGUUGAGGAGUAGAGGUCGGGUUCGAGCCACCGACCUCCGGUCAGUAAAUCCGCGCUCUAACCACUUGAGCCAUCUCGCCUUAACCAUUGAGCUAGCUCAUGUACCGGGCGCCAAGCAGUGUUACGGAAAAAAGACUUUCGAAAAUAAGAAACUUCAUCCGUUCGUCGCUAAUGUGUGUCAUCGACUGAAUCAAGUUACGAUCGUUCCUGGCACAGUCACAUUGUUUAUGCGCAACCCUGUGGCCUAUGCGUGCAGCCUCCGAGAGCAUCUUUCUUGCCCAUCCACAUCCAUCUAUCCACAGUCAAUGAAUCAGAGCCAACUGUCACAUCUACCCCCGCACCAUCCGCAUCUCCUACCUGUAGUUUCCAAUCACGACUAUCGGAUCAACAAUGGCUCAGGACCUCCACAUUCUUCCGAUUUGCGUGCGCAUGUUUCCGAAACUUCCGACAUUCAUCGAUCAGAAGUACCCAAUUCCCAUCAUGUGCUCUAUUCAACCUCCCACGGAAAUCGGAAUAUUGGCUAUCCGAACUCGCUUGAGUCGCGCUUCAUGUCUAGCAACGCAUCACUGUGUCGAUCUGUUGCCGUCGUCAGCGGUGACGAGGUGGCUCAGCAGACUCCACUAGUCUCAGUGACAACGGGUGCAGAUAAGUUAAUACCGGUCAGCGCUGGCAUGGUCACUGUACGUCCCGCUCUACCAACAUUACAAAUCAAACAAGAAUCGGAUGCUAUCUCCCCACCGAUCAGAAGUCAUUCCGUACACUCAUUACCAAGCAAUCUUCUCAUCAUACCACCUUUCCAUUCUGCAAGCCCGACCGGUUUAUCCGGCUCUGAGCGAUUUCCGGUUGAAAAACGGGAGCUGUGUGAUGGUAGCCAAAAUCGGGCGCCCCCUGACGCAUAUCCAUCAAGACCAUUUUCUUACUUGCCAUGUCCACCAUUGGUUGAUUUGCGCCAACACUCUGCGUUGAUGGAUCCCCUCCGUUUGGACAUCACACCUUCUCCCUCUUCCUCUCAUUUAUCAUCCGCAUUCGCCAGCCACGGCACCACUAUUCACCAUUCGCCCGCCCCUCCUCUACUCCUUUCUCAGGGCCCGAAUGUAUCAGGUUCUGCCACCGACUUAAUCGGUGGUAGCGGUCGUGGUGGUACACCUCGACCAGCGACAGUCACUCCAGUAUCCUAUAUGAAUUCCUCAGGAAUUAUUGUUACAUCACCCCCUGGACAACAUCCUUUUGAUACCAGUGAACUUCAACAACAGCAAUCGCACCAGCAUCAUAUGAACUUUUCUCUGAUACCCACAUCAAACCCGGCUAUUGAUCUACCCAACACCAAUCACAGUAAACGGACCACCUCUAAUGGUAAUGGGAUAUGUGCGAAUUUUAUUAACUCCAAUCCCUGUGAUCUCGCUAGCCCCCUUGCCCCACUUGGAAUGAGUCCGCGGUCGAACAAAGCUCGGCGUUAUUCUUAUCCUUACGAACCUAUCGGCAGCAGUGGUGGCCCAGUCCUUGGUACACUGUCCAAGCCACAGUACUCAAAACUCCUACAAAUCUCCACUGCAGAACUAGUUGGCGGCCAUACUCCCGUCGUCUCUCCCGGCCUUCUGUUACGCAACACAAUCCCAAUCCAAUGCACUGGUACGGGUAAUAACUCGGUGGUGACCCUAUGCCCCGUAAAUGACAAUCAUCGUACGCUCUCCACCUCAUCGUCUUCUCUUUGUACGACAGACAACGCGCAGCAGCCAUCACAACUUGGUACAGAACAUGCAAAAUUAGCAUUAGGUUUUGAUGGUGAAAUCGCUUUGCCGGGAUUUAGCAGUCCCGAGUCUGCAUUCUAUCAAUAUCAGCACCGUAUGGAAGGCCAGCGAUGUCAAGUAUGUGGGGAGCUCGCUGCCGGGUUUCACCAUGGAGCAUAUGUCUGUGAAGCUUGCAAGAAAUUCUUCAUGCGACACUCUUUGACGGAUACGAAGCCGACCAAUAUUUGUCCGACCGGUGGUAAUUGCGUCGUGGCCAAGGGGAGUCGUGGGAAGUGUCAGAUUUGUCGCUACCGCAAGUGCUUGUUUGUCGGGAUGAAAAUGAAAGAUCCUGACUCUCAGCCCGACGUGGAUAUUUCCAACAUUCCGUGUCGAGUCUGUGGUGGUCGUUCGUCUGGGUUUCAUUUUGGUGCCCUCACCUGUGAAGGAUGCAAGGGUUUUUUCCGUCGAACAGAAGGAUCCGCAGCUUCGCUGGUUUGUGUUGGUGGACAGAACACAUGUACGAUUACACCACGCAGUCGAAACGCGUGCAAAAGUUGUCGUUUUCGCCGAUGCAUUGCCGCUGGGAUGUCGAAAAAAGGAAGUCGUAUUGGACGACAACCGAAUGCGGUCAAGUUCCAUUGCGCGAUUGAAAUUAGGCAACUUCGCUCACUCCAAGGUAACAACAGUUAUGGUGGUAGUGCCGGUGACCCCCUUCCCCUCUCAAUGGGGUCAGCUGGGACCUAUCAUCACCAUCGUUCGUCGUACGCUAGCUUGGACAUGGGACAUGUGUUGGACACGCCCGGAUCUGUGGCUUCGCUUCACAAUCGCAGCGACGUGGAAAGUCCGAAAUACAGUCCUGAACAGCUGACACCCACAUUUUCUAACAAGCCCGAUCCGAAUGCGAUUUGGUUGACGGAACAUAAACCACCUUUGUCUCUGCUGCUUCUUUUACCUCGAGCGUCCGAACCCAUUGAUGUAAUGGCAAUGAAUUCCGGACAUUAUACCACUACAACGACAACUUCGGGUGAGGAUGAGGAGGACGAUACGGGAGCCCGCCGGACACAUUACUCACCCAACUUUUCUCGGGGUUCUGAUCUACGAGAUCGAUUUGAUUCAACAGAUUCGUGCCUCCGACCGUUGACUAGUAGUCCAGGUGGAGUUCCUCCGAACGUACAACUGGAUGGCUCCGGACGGGUGCGUGCCAGUGACCAACUAUCCGUGUCUGACGAAGACGGAGCGGAGAUCAGCCCCACAGACCAAGCUCGGUUGUCGCGUCAACAUCCUGGUCGUGUGUUGUCCAGGUCCGGUCUAAAUACUGCUCAUGCUCCUGUUACUGUAUCUCUCGGGAUGCAGUCACUUCUUGCGCCAUACGGACAUCACUUGGAUCCGGGUUCGAAAAAGCACGCAUCAGACGACUCACAACUGGACGACGGUCACCCUACUCCCACCAACACCACUGCUCUGCUGAUAGCGAAUUUGGCCAAGCGUUUGGCUGACGAGGAGCCGACAGUGUUCUCAGAUACAGACGAUAUGUCCAACUUGGAUCCGCCAUCUCAAGAGGCCGUCCUACGUUUCACAGAUGGUAUGCGUACAGCAACAGAAUUUCUCCGGCUUCCAAACACCUACUUCAAAACCCGAUUCCGAAUGACCUCCAUUCCUGUGGAGCACAAAGACAACGGGACGCAGGUGUGGAACUACAUGAUGAACCAUUUUCACAUGCACGCACAACAAAUUGUACAGUUUGCGAAGCUCGUUCCAGGCUUCAACCAGUUGGGCAUUACCGCCCGAAGCAAUUUGGUCCGUGGUGCCAUGUACCCAGUGAUGUUGCUGCUCCUCAGUCGCGAUUACCAUCCAGAAACCGACGAGUACAACUACUUCGACUUCACAGACGAAGAACGCGCCGUGAUCAUGCAUCAUUUUCCCACCUUCCAGCGGUUCACUGAACACCUCCGUAUGGCUGGUCGCCUACUUCAUCAUCUCUGCCUGAGCUUGCCUGAGUUAUCCUUAUCGGCCGCUGUGGAAAUCCUUCGCAAUCAUCAGUUGCUCGAAGAACCCACUCGAACCAGUACACGGGAGCUGUUUAUCCUCGCUCAUCACAGCCUACGAGUCUGUAUGACAAGGUGUUCAGAUUGUCCUCCCGAACAGGAGGGACGUCAUCGGUGGGCUCAGUUGGUCGCGUUAACGAAAAUGCUUCAGGCCAUGAACAGGGAACAUCACGAAAUACUGACCUGCUUGAAGGAUGUCCGUUCAGAUCUACACUUUCCCGAGCUUUACAUCGAAAUGUUCCAGCUGGCAGACAGUGCCUCCGCCCUAUUCUCGGCUUCUGCUCAAGCGGUCACAUUGGCCUGUUCUAGCGCCUUUCAGUCAUUGGCUCCUUUGAAGUUGUCCCUCUGUCAACCUUCCGGUGAAACUGUAACGAGCACGGAAAGUACACUAUACAACGAUUCUUCUUCAACAGGUGCGGAUGAUGGGGAAAUUCCUAAAGCUGCCAAUGUCACCGAAUUUCCCCCACCAACGGGCGAUCGUUGGGACGCUGGUCGAUUGGCUCUGGCCGUCCCUGCUGCUGUUGCUGCUGUAGCCGCUGUUGCCGCUGCGGAGGCUACCCACCAGCCGCCGGCAGCCACCAACCUUUCAAGAAAUGCAGAUGUUUCUAGCAGCGCCUCCUACUUUACCUCCCCGUCUCCGUCGUUCUUCUUCCCUUCUCAAUCCCACCCAUCU